CGGCCAGCGGAGCGACCCGCACGCUCGUCACCAGCUCACGAACAGUCGCCGACCAUGACACAACUCUUCACGCGCAAGGAGAUCGAGGAGCGCAACCGCAAAGACAAUGCGGCCAUCAUCAUUGACAACGUCGUUUACGACGUGACCAAGUUCCUGGAGGACCACCCCGGCGGCGCCGAGGUGCUGCUCGAGAACGCGGGCAAGGAUGCCUCGCGCUGCUUCCGCGACGUCGGCCACAGCGACGACGCCAAACUCUGGCGCGGCGAGUUCAAGAUCGGUGAGGUGGUGAAGGAAGAGCAGAGGGAGGUGAUCUGCCAGGACGCGAGUGCUAGCAGCGGGGAAAACGAACUGACACUUCGAGGUUUCCUAGAAGUGUGGUUCCCGCCGACCGCCUUCGCGGUCAUCGCCAUCCUCGCUUACGUUUACUUAUUAUAAAAUUACUGUCUCCUAAAAACACAGGGGUUAUCUGGGCAAGGUGUCGGUGCAGUGUAAAGUUUUCCAUACAUUGAUAUCAAUAACAAAACAAGAUUGUUGAUCAGAGUUUAAAAACACAUUACAAUGUUCCGAGUCAUCGUGAUUUGACGUUCGCGCAGGCUUAGCAAGUCACCUUUCGGUUUAGAAAAAAGCGAAAUCGUGUCAAAUAAUAACGAUAUAUUUCGCAAUUAUUACACGUUCUGAUGGGUUAAUGUUAUGGAACAGGGGUUAUUGCUCUGUAUGUUUCAUCAUUAUUUUUCUAUGCGUACAUACAACAAAAUAUUAAUAUAUGAAAUAAAACAACUUAAUUUUAAGGAUGUUGCGUCGCUCUCGAUCUUGUUAACUUGUUUAUUUAUUACAUAUAGGUAUGUGAGAUCUCAUGUAAUCAAUCACAUGUUACACGAUGCUUAAAAACUUGAAAAUUUUACUUAAAGUAGGUACUUAGUCGCCUAAAGUUUGAUGCAAAGACUAAUCCUAGGACGAAUAGUACCGUGUGUUUUUACUUUUUACUGAAACUGUAGGAACUUACUGAACUUCCUAAAAGUGUAGGUUGUGAAUAGUUUGUUUUUUUGAAAAGUUGCAAUUGUAAAAAAAACCGAAGAAAAUAUUCAUUUAAAAGGAAAAGUAGGUUAACCUAAUACAUUCACGAUUUUUGAAAUAAAAUUAAUUUAUUAAAUUUAAAAAUAUUUAUUUAUUUUAUAUCUAACGCAAUUUCCUUUUUUAAAUGUGAGUGGCACGGUUGCGAAAUGUUUUCAUUACCAUAAAUUAAUAAAAACAGCAUUUACUAAAGUGAUAAAGUUGAACUGAACGACGAUUAUACGAGUAUAUACGUACAUAACUUUAUAAAGUAACAUCAACCUUCCAGCGCAGAACUAUUAAAAAUUACCAUCAAUGUACUCGAAACAAGUUUUUGUAUAUGUGUGUGUUUGUGUGUUUGUGCGUGAUCCAGAGCUCCACGGCGGCAGGUGGUACGACGGUACGGCGGUAGUCCGCGGUACGGCACGCGCGGCGGACGGGCAAGGUCGCCUCUCGCCACGUGUGGGCUCGCACUGCAUACUCCACCUGUUGCGAAAACUACGGACGCCAAUAUUUGCAACACAAGUACUGCGUACUCGCAACACACCCGUCGUAAGCGUGUAGUGUUCAAAGAUAUUCGAUUCGUUUUAUACUUGAAUGAAAACGACUUCUUCGUCUGUAUAGGAAUGGAGUAAUACUUAAUAGACAGGACCGCUGCAAGAUAGCAAAUAAGAUUUUAUAACUAAAAACGGGAUCGACUAGUUACAUGCUCUUCGAAGAACGGUGAGAAACUCAUAAAGACGGAUAUACCACGAUACCGCGUAUCGUGUGAUGCGUAUUUAUACAUAUUAUAUAAGAGAACUCGACUAUAUUAGUGAUUAUUUAGAGUUGGAACUGGUAAAUUAAAUUAUGCAUCGCUCUGAAAAAAA